AUGGAGACGGAGGACGAGGAGUUGGGGCCAGAACGUAUCUUUGAGAUUUACCGCAAGGAUUGGCUCAUGAUGUGGGGCAGAAACGGCGCCAGAUCCUUCGAGGCCGAGACCGAGUUCCCUCCCAUGCGCUACACAGACAUACCGGUACUGCCAUCAAAUGCCAGACCUGGUGAUACUAUGGAGGUCUUCUUCCUCAAGCGCAACUACCUCUUCCGUCGAGGCAGAGAUAAUUGCCAGACCCUCACCUCUCCUCAGGAUUCUCUUUUGGAACUUACAGGUCCUAGCCGCGUCAUCCUGCUGUGGGAUGAGCCUGUUUUCGAGCUUGACCUGAAAGCGAAGGGCAAAGCAGGGAGUUCAUCAUCUGAAGACGACAAGAUCUUGUGCUUGGAUUUCUUUGGGUACAACAACAUUUGUUACAAAGGCAGUCUCAGUUACGCCAAAACUGAGGUGGUUUCAAGCAAGCAUAGCACAGUGGAGGUCAGGUUUGCCCAUCUCAAACGCUCCGUGGAGGCGACCAUCACAGCCCGCAUCAGCAAGGGAUCAGGCAACUUCAGUGCACGCCUCACUGCCUGCAACACGAGCAUUGGCGAGGACGUGGUGCUGCUGGACACCCGGGGCCAGGAGGUGCCUGUUGGCGAGGACGGGGAGGUUAGGCUGCAGCGCCGCGUCGUCGUCGUGGAGGAGAGGGCUCAACUGAUCCUUGGCAUCAAGGCUGAACAGAUAGCAGGUGACACUGCUGAGACUGCUGAGAGCAGCAGUAAGCUUGAGAAGAAGUUUGGUUUUUAUGCCAAGUCAGCACUGAGAAACGAAGGGUAUUUCCAUGUUGGGUCCUCGAGCCUGCAUAUUCUGGUCGCAUGGUCACUUCUUCCUUAG